CGCGGGUGUGUGUCAGUCAGCUGAUGUAAGAGGAGGGCAGGUUCAACAUGCCCGACGGUGAGAGAGUCAGCAGGCGCAGCUAAGUGGGAGAAACAAAACCACAGCAACGACAACAAGUCUGCGAGCGAAACACCGCGAAGACACGGGAUCCGGAGAGGACAGCGGACACACACACAGAAAGAAGAGCUCUGCAGUGACCUGCUGGCUGAUCUGCUUGUUGGCGCCGAGUCGUAACUGAGAACACCGGGAUGGGACGGAUCUUUCUGGACCACAUUGGCGGGACACGCCUCUUCUCUUGCGCCAACUGCGACACCAUCCUGACUAACCGCUCCGAGCUCAUAUCCACACGCUUCACCGGGGCCACGGGACGCGCCUUCCUCUUCAACAAGGUCGUGAACCUGCAAUACAGCGAAGUGCAGGAUCGCGUGAUGCUCACCGGCAGACACAUGGUGCGCGAUGUCAGCUGUAAGAACUGCAACAGCAAACUAGGCUGGAUCUACGAAUUUGCCACAGAGGACAGCCAGCGCUACAAGGAGGGCCGCGUCAUCCUUGAGAGGGCGCUGGUGAGGGAGAGCGAAGGCUUUGAGGAGCAUGUCCCCUCUGACAACUCCUGAUGCCCCAACCGUGGCUCUCCCUGCCCCCUCCUGCCUGCACACGUUGCUGCUUCUCCAUUGACAGUUGUCAUUUCCAGCAUCUGUCCUCUGGUCCAGACACAUCUCAGUGCCUCGUCUCUGUGUCCCACCAGCACUAAUACUGUGGUGUUGUCAUACUGAGAGCGAUUUUCUCUUGGAUCUGGCCUGCUAACACAGCUACCUGCCAUUCAUAUGUGAGAAAGGGGGUCAGGUGUGGGAGACAGCAGUGCGAUCACAUUCUUCCUUGGAGAUUGCCAUGUGGAAACGCAGGCUUCAUGCCUUCUGCAAGAUGAAUUGGCAUCCACCUAAAGUCUUGUGACAUCAACAUUCUUCGACGCUGUAGCUUUGAGCACCACGUCUCUAAAACCAGAGCUGCUGCAGUCCGUGGAACAGAAUAAAGUGCUUAUUUCACAGUGCUGCAAGUUUCUCGGAGUGGAUAUGUAAACGUUAUGGUAAUGUGUAUCGUGACUUAUGGAGAGCGAGCAAAGCCUUGUAGUUUUGGUUCUGACCAGUUCAGCCCCUAGUAAGUGCUUUCAGACAUUGCAUGUGUGUGCAACUGCAUGCAUGUACAUCUUGUCUUAUGUGGUGCUGUGCUAAGAGGGAGUCCUUGUGUUUUUAAUGUAGCGCAUUCUAAUCCUCUUCCUGUCCACCUGGUUAGUAUUUAAUGGGGUACAUCUGUCCUGGGAGGGAGUUCAGUGGUCAUCUUGAGUACCAAUCACUCUGAUCAUCUUGUCCGGCCCAUUUUCAUUUGACGGAAACAGCCAUCAUUUGUGUGUUGUUACUUUAAAUCUCCUCAGAUUUUAUGUUAAUGAAUAAGGGUUGAUAUUUUUAGUCAUAAAGUGAAUAGUGAAGGUUUUUCUUUUCUGGGUUUCUGUUGUAGUGACACUUUCUAAAUAAAAUAACCAUGUUAAAUGUG